UAUCUAGAAAGAAGUCUUGAAAUGAAAUAUUCUCUCUCUAGGUCUGAGUGUGUAAGACUCGAAGGCCAAAGAAGAGGCCCGCAAGGGCGAGGCGAAGGAAAAUAUCUGCCCUGCGCCGGCUUUUGACCACCCACGGUGGAAAGUAGCUCUGAAGAGACCCGAUAGACCCCAUUUCAUUCCUGGUCUAACCGCUCUUUAUCUCUAAACUUGCUCUCUCCAGAGUCACUGCAUUUCUCUCUCUCUCUCUCAUGGUUGGUGACCGGUGUCCACACCCACAACCCCCUCAAGAUACCCAACAAUAACCAACAGUCUCCAUCUUCUCUCACCUGCCUACCAAUGCCUUAAGGGAACAACCUAUAUCUUAUUAUCGUUUCAAUAGAUGGUAAAAACAGGAGUUGGGCCAAAAAAAUGCUCGUGAAGCAGUUUCGAUGCCUCCACUCCUCGACCUGUAUAUGCACGAGUGGCCACCUUAGCGAGACUGUCAUGUUCCUCGUGUUCCAACACCUUAAUUGGAACCCACGUCUCAUUGCCACCAUUUCUUGUGUAUGCAAAUGGUUUGAAGAUGUGGCGAGGCGGGUCCUGUGGCGUGAAUUUUGCCGGGCUCGUGCCCCUAAAAUGACCAUCGACCUACAAUCGAGCGGGACCCACAGUGUUGAUGGUAGUUGGAAGGCUCUUGGAAAACUCCUCAUCUAUUGCUCGGGUUGUCGACAAGGUGGGCUUGUCAAAACCGCUUCAAUUCCUGGUCACUUUGUGUAUAGAACAAGAUUUUCAAGGACUUCAGGUAAGAGCUUCUUAUUACCCCAAUGUCGAAGCGAUGUGCUCUAUGUAUCAGACCCAUGCGAGCAUUUAGACCAGGGAGAAGAAGGGGACGUGGGAUUCUUUCGGGGGGUAUUUAAGUCAUUUGGGGGGUCAAAGGUGAGGAAGAUGCUUAUAGAGAAGCAAGCAGAGCUUCACCCAAAGGAGGUGUGCCCUUAUUGUAAGGCCAAAGUGUGGAGUAUGCUGCAAGCAAAGAUGAUCCCAAGGAGUGCGUGCACCAGACUUGGAGCAUAUGAGGAUUGCAUCGAGUAUUUCGUGUGUCUCAAUGGGCAUUUGGUCGGCGUGUGCACUCUCUUGCCUCUCUCUGACUCAGAAGAGGCGUCGGACUUGGAGUGAUGGAUGAUGCAUCCAUUAUCAAGAUUGAGAUUGGACGGGGUGUUGGACUGUGGUUUCAAGGAACCAUUGGGUAAGGAAUGAGCAUUAACUGGGUGUGGAGGAUUAUUUGGAAUGACAUGGCUGCAUCACCUACCUGUCUUUCAAACCAUCUUUUUUGAAGUUGUUAUUAAUACCAGUCUUUUGAACUGUCUUGAUUUAAGAUUGAUCUGUCUGAUAUUUGAUGUAGUUAUAGGUUUCGAAUGGCCACAUGGUUAUCACAGUGAGAUGGUUUUGUGAAUUUAAUAUAUGGGAAAGUAUACAAUAACAGUUUUUACUGUCGUUACAAGAAGGUGAAAAUCACUCCUAGCCAUCAGAUGUGAAAUUGGGUGACUUAGGGCAUACAUUAACCGUGCUCGAAGUCUUAGAAAAUUUAUGAUUUUGUGGGAAGGAAUGACACACCCCAGUCAUCGGAUUUUACAUGUAAUGGCUUGGGGUGUUCAUGAUGUUUGCUUAUGAAAUGUACUUGUCUUAUUGAGUACAACCCCUUUAUAAUAUUCUUGUUCUUUUAUAAUUGUUGCUUUUAUCUAUAAGUUUUGAAAUUUUCAAUUUGUACUGGUAUAAAUAAAAUUAAUAAGUCUGAUUCAUGGCAUGAGUCAUUUUCUUGUUUCCAUUUUGUCUAUCCAUGUUCCCAUGGAAAAGCAAUUUAAGGAGAUGAAUAUAAGUUAUGCUAACGUAAGUACUUAACAGUAUUUGGUUAGGGUAAAGUUUAACUGAGGUCCUAUUCAAAUGUGGUCCCUUUCCAGAAGUCCAUCUCAGAGAUGGAUUUAGGAUCCGGAAUAUAUUGUAAAUCACUAUCUAUGCAUUUCCUCUUUAGAGCCUUGAUGUUGCAGCCCAAAAAUAAUGCAGAUCUGAUGAUUUGCGAAGAAUUUAAAUGAAUGGCGAUGAAUGGUCUGAAAGCAAAGUUUAAAGUAGUUUAUUUUUACACUUCCAAAAAAACAAAAAAAAGUAGUUUAUUUUUAAUGUUCAAAAUCUAUUUUUUCCGUAUUCAUGAUCGUGGUAGUCGAGUUUAUAAAUCCAUAAAAGUUUUUAGCUUCAUAAUCCAUCUCUAAAUGGAUUUUUGCAGGAUAUUGCAUUUGAAAAGGUGUGUAGGCUGACCCCAAUUUAGUUAAGAGGUUGUGAUCAUCAUCACACACCAAAACCCCUUUCUUUUAGUUAAGAGGUUGUAAUCAUCAUCACACACCAAAACCCCUUUCUUUUAGUUAAGAGGUUGUGAUCAUCAUCAUCAUCAUCCAAGCUUUAUCCCAAUUAAUUGGGGUCAACUACAUGAAUCAUGUACCUCCAUUCGUAUAGGUUCAAGAUUCAUGAUAAGAUGUGACUAAGUUUUACAUUAGCUGCUUAACUAAUGUAUCCCACCUCCAAUACCCGGAUUUGGGACGGGUUAAGGGAAAGUUUAAGAUCCUCACCCUUCUUAGAUCAAGUUAAGAGGUUGUGAUAAUUAUCCAAAAAAUAAAAUAAAAAUACACCGAAAAAGUACUCCGUUUUUCAUGUCAAGUGUGAAAUCUAGAAAAGGAUUGUUUGUUCCAAACCCAUGAAACUAGAAGCUAUAGUUUCUUUAACAGGUUCUCCAUGUAGAAGAUUGGCCUGCUUACUCACUGAUAUGCAGUUGAUCAGUUUUCAUGGAUUUUGAUUCAUGUUUUUGACCAU